GACACCAUGUACUAUCUGACCGACUCAGACUAUCUCGCCGCAGCGCUCUUCUUCGCGUUCGGGAUCAUCUUCCUGACGUUCUGGCUGAUAUCGCUGUUGAUCGCGGUCAUCACGUCCUCCUUCCAGGUCAUCCGAGAGGAGAGUAAAACCAGCGCUUUCAUGAACGCUGCGGACCCUGCUGAGGAGUCUGUCGAAGACGGAGACACUUUCUCACCCGAUCGUCAGAGCAGCACGGCGCACACCGCAGGCCUGAGACGAGCGUACGCGAAGACCUACUGGUUUUGGAUUUUGGUCAUUGUGUUCGAUUUGGUCGUUCAGAGUUUGCGGACUGAUACGAUGGGACCCUUCAUCAAAGACCUCAUUGGCAACACUGAGCUUGCCGUCACGUUGCUGCUGCUCGUCGAGAUUGCCUUUCGCUUCGUUUCUGACUGGAGAGAUUUCCACCACCAUCGUCGGAAUUGGUUCGAUCUGUUCCUUGCCAUUAUGACAGGCAUCAUUCAGCUCCCACCGAUCAAGCAUUCGGGCGAUCCAUACGCCUGGCUCACGGUCUUCCAAAUUCUGCGCAUCUACCGAGUGGUUCUGGCCGUGCAGCUUACGCGGGACCUCAUUCUACUUGUGCUGAGGCACGUUUCCGGUGUUCUCAACCUCAUCUUGUUUGUAUUCCUUCUCACCUUCCUGGCCGCCAUAUUUGCAUCUCAGCUGUUUCGUGGACAGCUACCGAUGCUCGACGGCCAAGGAAACUAUGUUCAGGUGACGUUUGCGACAAUUUUCAACUCUUUCCUGGGAAUGUAUCAAGUACUUUCCUCUGAAAACUGGACACAGGUCAUGUAUAACGUUGCUAGAUUUAGCAAGCAAUAUGGGACAGCCUGGAUUGCAGCGUUGUUCUUCAUCAUCUGGUUCUGCCUGGCCAACUUCGUCGUUCUCAACAUGUUUAUUGCGGUCAUUCAGGAGAAUUUUGAUGUGUCUGAGGAUCAGAAACGAAUGCAGCAAGUCAGGAUGUUUCUGCAGCGCAAAGAACUGGGGGGUGACAGUGGAGGAACGCUGUCUCUGGCCACCAUCUUCAAGUUUGGUCAAGUCAAACGUCAGGACCCUCUGGACUUUGGAUCUGCCGCCACGGAGAUGCUGCUCAAGGAUGCCGUCGUGAAAGACUUCUUGGACGAGAUUCAGCAGGAGGAAGCAGAUUUGCGACGCGCUCCUACUGCUGGGCUGAAAUCUGCAUCGACUCUCAAUCUGAUUCAGCAGCCAUCCGGCUGGGCCACCAAGUGUCGAGCAUGGCUGAACAAGCAUCUCCGGAACAGGCAGCCGAACCCAUUCUACGCUCGACUCCAGUUGACGAAGCCUCACGAAGAGCUUAAUCCUCGCCAGCUGGCCGAGGAAGUGGUUGCAGCGGCCGAGCAGCGCAAAAUCUCACAGCGCGAGUACCUGCGACAGCACCCAAACUACAACACCACGCUCUAUCUUUUCACGCCGGAAAAUCCGAUUCGCAAAUUCUGCAUGCGCAUCGUCGGUCCCGGCCGGGGUCAGCGUAUACAAGGCGUGCAACCCAACCCCACCAUCUGGUACUCUUUCUCAGCCUUCAUAUACGCUGCAAUUGUUGGUAUGGUUCUCUUGGCUUGCAUUACAACACCGUUGUACCAGCUGGAGUACUUCGACAAACGCUACGCUGGCAUCAGUGACCGGUACAACUGGUUCAUCUGGACUGAUAUUGGGUUUGCCGCGCUGUUCACCGCAGAAGCCAGCAUCAAGGUCAUCGCCGACGGCUUUUUCUGGAGUCCCAAUGCUUACUUCCGUAGUUCAUGGGGAUUCAUCGAUGGAGUGGUGCUUAUCACGCUCUGGAUCAACAUAUUCACGUCUCUGUACGACCCUGGAAGCGGAUCGCGCGCUGUCGGUGCAUUCAAGGCUCUCAGAGCGCUCCGGCUGCUCAACGUCAGCGACAGCGCUCGGGACACGUUUCAUUCUGUCAUUGUGUUGGGAGGCUGGAAAGUAUUGAGCGCCGCCUUCGUCUCGCUCAGCUUGCUCAUCCCGUUUGCCAUCUACGGACUCAACUUGUUCGCUGGCAAGAUGACAUGGUGCAACGACUGGCAGCAAUACGACAUCCACAACCUGACCGACUGUGUGGGUGAAUCGGUAUUCUCACCUAUUGGCUACGACAUGCUCAUGCCCCGACGCGCGGCUCCGGUCAACUUUGCCUACAAUUUUGACUCCUUCGGCGACGCACUGUUCAUCCUCUUUCAAGUCGUGUCGCAAGAAGGCUGGGUAGACCUCAUGUGGAGCGCGCAGUCCAUCACAGGAGUCUUUACACAGCCGGCCUGGUUCUCGCAACAGGGCAAUGCCGUCUAUUUUGUCCUGUUCAAUCUGCUUGGCGCUGUUUUCGUGCUCACGCUGUUUGUGUCAGUCUUCAUGCGCAAUUAUACCGAGCAGACCGGUGUGGCCUUUUUGACCGCCGAGCAGCGAUCGUGGCUGGAGCUGCGAAAGCUGCUGCGACAAGUCGCUCCAUCAAAGCGACCGAAUCGACAGCGACGACGGCAAAGCUGGCAAGAAUGGUGCUAUAGACAAGCCAUCAUGAAAAAGGGCCGCUGGCAGCGCACUGUCACCGGCGUCCUUGUUGCCCAUCUCAUUCUCCUCUGUAUGGAAUGGUACCCUGAACCUUGGGCGUGGACACUCACGCGACUGCUCAUUUUCUUCGCCUGCACGCUAUUCUACAUGGCCAACAUCUUCAUACGUCUCAUGGGCCUUUCCUGGGCGAGAUUCCGCAAGAGUGCGUGGGACAUGUACUCCCUAGUGGUCGUUUCUGCAGCGUUCAUCACUGCGAUCUUGGUCUUCCGAGACGUGCACAGCAACAUCGCCUCGCAGAUUCAUAAGUUGUGUCUGGUUGCCGUUGCUCUGCUCCUCAUUCCCCGCAACAAUCAGCUGGACCAGUUGUUCAAGACGGCGGCUGCGAGCUUCAGUGCCAUUGCAAACCUGCUGGCUACGUGGUUUGUGCUGUUCCUCGUGUAUGCGAUUGCAUUCACGCAAACAUUUGGGCUAACCCGCUUCGGGGCGAAUGAGUCUGACAACAUCAACUUCCGGACCGUACCAAAGGCCCUGAUACUGCUGUUUCGCAUGAGCGUCGGCGAGGGCUGGAAUCAGCUGAUGAUGGAUUUUGCCAAUAUUGAGCCACCAUAUUGCACAUUAGCUGAUGAGUACUACGACACUGACUGCGGCAGCAAGCAAUGGGCCUAUACGCUCUUCAUUUCCUGGAACAUCAUCAGCAUGUACAUCUUUGUCAACUUGUUCAUCUCCCUGAUUUACGAGAGUUUCUCAUAUGUAUAUCAGCGGAGUACUGGGCUGUCGAUCAUCAGUCGCGAGGAGAUUCGGCGCUUCAAGCAGGCUUGGGCGGAGUACGACCCUGACGGAAGUGGAUAUAUCACGAAAGAACAGUUCCCUCGGUUCCUCGGCGAGCUUUCGGGAAUAUUCGAAAUGCGCAUAUACGAUGGAGACUUCACGGUUAAGUCGCUGAUAGCAGACUGUCGAUUGGGCGCCGGACGCAACCCACAUUUGUCGCUGGAUGGCCAGUCACUGCAUCAGGGCGUUGAACUUGAUAUCGCCAAAUUGAGUCGGAGAUUGGCCGACUUGCCUGUGCAGGAGAUUCGAAACCGCAGGAGGAGAAUGAACACAUUCUACGAGGAAGUGCUAGUGUCGGCCGAUCCUGACAAAGGCAUCGCGUUUAAUGCACUGCUCAUGAUAUUGGCGCACUACAAGGUCAUCAGCGACAGCAAGAGUCUUAAACUCGAAGAGUUUCUACGGCGCAGAGCACGAUUGCAGCGUGUGGAAGAGGCUGUCAGCCGCCAUAUUGUGGUUGGCUUUUUCGACACGCUGUAUUGGUCUCGCAAGUUUCGGCGAAGGAUUGAGGCCAAAAAGGAUGCGCGAAUGACGGCAAUACCCUCGUUUGGUGUGCCUGAAAUCCUCGUUCAGGACGAGACAGAUCACCAGGGCACACAGCUUGGGAAGCUCGACGUUCCGGCCCUGAGCAUCACACGUGUGGACCCAGAGUCGGAUGAUACUGCUGGCACGUUCGGCACGUCACCACGGUCGGCCGGUGGGCUCACGAAUGCAUCCAGCCCCAGGUCGCGCGCCAACAGUGGCGGUGGUGGCAUCGCGCUCAGAGAUACGACACAGAGGCAGCGAAGUACAUCGAUUCAACUCACGCCCACCUCGUCCCCGACCCGCGAAGAGUUCCGUCUCAGUCCGCAACUCCGGCCCCAACACCAACCGACAGCCAGCAGUGGCAGUAUCCAGCCCGAUUGGCACUUUGCUGCCGCUCUCGAAGGCGCAGGUGGAUCGGAUUUACAUUCUCCGCCCGCCAGUCCGGGGGGGCUAGGAGACGGCCGGAGUGGCGGCGGCGGCGGCGGCGGGGACAAUAAUGCACGCAGUCGCGCCAACAGUGCCGUGUCUGAGAUUUUCCAAGACAGCGCAUGGGGACAGAGCAUGCGAAGAAGUGUGACGCAGAAGAAGAACUCGCAGACGGGACGGGGAUCACGGAGCCCAUCGCGAGACGGAGGAGAUGGACUGCCUUUGAGUCGGGGGAGCAGCAGCAGGCGGAACGAAAGAAGUUGACGAGUGCCAUGAAAUGACCACAUGCAGACCAGGUUAUGCACAUUGUUGGUGACUUAGUA